CAGCUGAUCGGCCGGCGGGGAUACAGCCCGUCAGGCUUGGGGGGCGGGGCUUUGCGGAAGGCCACGUGGGUUGCUGCUGCUACUGCUGGAGCUGGAGCACCGAGGCCGCGAUGGGGUUGGGCGCGGCGGCGGGAGGCAUCCUGCGGGGCGCAGCGCGAGGGUCCCUGCCCAGUUUGUGGCCGCGCCCGGUGAGGGUGAGAUUCGCACCCAGCCCCACAGGAUUCCUGCACCUGGGUGGCCUGCGGACUGCCUUGUACAACUACCUUUUUGCCAAGAAACACCAAGGCACCUUCAUUCUGAGACUGGAAGACACAGACCAAAGCAGGGUGGUGCCAGGAGCCGCUGAAGGCAUAGAAGAUAUGCUGGAGUGGGCAGGCAUCCCACCUGAGGAGAGCCCUCGGCAGGGUGGACCUGCUGCCCCCUACCAGCAGUCUCAGCGGCUUGACCUAUACUGGGAAGCCGUGGAAUUGCUUCUUGAGAAGGGGGCUGCUUAUCGCUGCUUCUGCACCUCCCAGCGCCUAGAGCUAUUGAAGAAGGAAGCGCUGCAGAGCCAGCAGACUCCACGGUAUGACAACAGGUGCCGCCAUCUGAGCCCCAAGCAGGUGGCCGAGAAGGUGUCUCAAGGUGCUGACUCUGUGGUGCGUUUCCGCCUGGAGGAGAGUGUGGAGCCUUUUUGCGACCUGAUCUACGGCUGGAACAGGCACGUGGUGGCCAGCAUCGAAGGGGAUCCAGUGAUCCUGAAGAGCGAUGGAUUCCCCACAUACCACCUGGCGAAUGUGGUAGACGACCAUCUCAUGGGGAUAAGCCACGUCCUGCGUGGGAUGGAGUGGCUCGUCUCCACCUCCAAGCACCUCCUCCUCUACAGGGCCUUUGACUGGGAGCCACCUCAGUUUGGCCACCUCCCCUUGCUCCUGAACAGAGACGGCAGCAAGCUGUCCAAGCGGCAAGGGGACAUUUUUGUGGAGCGGCUUGCACAGGAUGGCUAUUUGCCUGAAGUCCUGCUGGACAGCGUCACAAACUGCGGCUCUGGGUUUGCAGAUAAUCGGAUGGGGAGGACAUUGAAGGAGCUGAUCAAGGAGUUUGAUGUGAGCAGGAUUGAAAGGCACUCUGCCCUGCUGGAUCUUGAGAAGUUCUCUGAGUUCAACAGGAUCCACCUGAUGCGGCGGGUUGAGGAUGAGCUGCUGCGGGAAGAGCUGGUGGCAGAGCUGCAAACCGCUGUAGAGCAAGCCUAUGGGGGCCAACUUGCGGACAGAGAGGUCCUUGAGAAGAGCUAUGUGCAGCAGGUGUUGCUGCUGAGAAAAGGUCACAUAAGCCGUCUGAAGGACUUGGUGUCGGCUAAAUACGCUUUCUUGUGGAUCCGGCCCUCUGUGCCUCAUGAGGAACUGCAAACCAUUUCAGCCGAGGCAGACAGGAUAGGAAGGCUGGUCCUUGGGCUGCUGGAACGGCAGGUGGCUGCCCUGACCACAGAGGAGCUCAGCAAAGACCUGAGGCGGCUGCAGGAGCAGAUCAGCGGGACCCCGUACAGUGGCAUGAUGAAGCUCCUCCGCUUGGCCCUCAGCGGCCAGCCGGAAGGACCCAGCGUUGCCGAAAUGAUGGUCUCGUUGGGCCCCCGAGAGGCCAGCAUGCGGAUACAAAGGGCUCUGUGCGGCUAACCCUCUGGAGGAAAGCGACACAGUGAAUGCCCCACGCAGCUUUUGGAGGAGCCUGGCUUGACUGUGGUGAAGCUUGCACAGCCUCGCGGGGUCUGUGGCGCAGCCCACGGGAAGCAGCAACUGCCUGGAGAAGUCUCUUUGUAAAACAAAAGUCUCCCAGGGUUUUAUGGUGGAAGGAGCCGCAGUAGCACAACAGGGGCUGCUGGUUCUUCUUGAGUCUGAUGUGGCAUCAAUAAAGAAAGUGAGACAUUGGCGUGAUCUUAA